AUAACUGACAUUUUUGACAGUAUCCGAUCUGAGUAUUCAUCAUUUGUAAAAAAAAUUAUGUCAAAUCAAGGUCACCGUGCUCAAGACAUAGAAGAUUUGCGUCGUUAUGUCGCUAGGUUGGAAACCGAGCUUGCUCGUCGUGAGGACAGUUGGGCACAACGAGAGCAUGAACUCAUUUCGCGGUACAACGACUCAGUGGAAACAAUGCGUCAUGCACAAGCCCAAAUUCUUGUUACUCAAUCACCGGCGAUUCAGCAUAACCAUGGUACUCAAGCUCAAGAAGUUGCAACUUCGUCGUCACAAGUACCUGUUCGUCAACCAGUGAACCCGCACCUCCAGGGUGCUGGGUCACAAGCAGUUAUUACUGCUUCAACAGAAGUAGCUGGUCGUCCAUCAGUAAAUCCGCAGCUUCAGGGAACUGGAUCACAAGCAGUUGUCACUGCUUCAACAGAAGUAGCUGGUUGUCCAUCAGUAAAUCCGCAGCUUCAGGGAACUGGAUCACAAGCAGUUGUCACUGCUUCAACAGAAGUAGCUGGUUGUCCAUCAGUGAACCCGCACCUCCAGGGUGCUGGGUCACAAGCAGUUAUCACUGCUUCAACAGAAGUAGCUGGUCGUCCAUCAGUAAAUCCGCAGCUUCAGGGAACCGGAUCACAAGCGGUUGUCACUGCUCUAACAGGAGUAGCUAGUCACCCACUAGUGAAUCCGGUUAACCGGGGAACUGGACCGCAAGUGAAUGUUACCGCAUCACCAGAAUUAGCUGUUCGUCAACCAGUAAACCCGCACCUCCAGGGUGCUGGGUCACAAGCAGUUGUCACUGCUUCAACAGAAGUAGCUAGUCGUCCAUCAGUGAACCCACUUAUUCAGGGAGCUGGAUCUCACGCGCCCGUUAUUGCUCCGCCGGAAGUAACUGGUCGUCUACCACUGCGAAAUGUUGCUAUUACACCACCAGCUGAACCGGUAGAUCAAGAAGCUGCAGUCGCUAACGUCAGUACCUCCGCAUCAGUUUCAGAUAAUGAGUCAACAACUAGCCGCAAACGGGAAAAUCCAGAUAAUAAUCCUGGUAAAGAAAAUGGUGAUAAAAAGAAAAGUAAGUUCAAGAGGCGCAAGAACGGAGGAAAACAGCGUAGAAAUUGGCAAAAGAAUAAGCCUUUCCAUUCUGGAAGUGGAGGUGGAAAUUUGUAUUUAAAUUAUUACAACUAG